UACGCAGUGAGUUACACGGAAAUCGAAUCCUGAGUAAUAAUAGUAAUAAUUAAGUAAACAUUUAAUACAAAUUGUAGAGAAUGAAAAUUCACGACCUGCUGAGGGCACUUAUUAGUGUAUCAGAGAAAGGAGCAAACAUUGCUCGCAUCAUACGCUCGGAAUCUUCACUGCUGGAAUUGCUUGUCCAGGAGAAGAAGGGCAACCAGAAGAAUGAGCGGUUUGUUCAGGACUUCAAGACUCUGGCAGAUGUUCUUGUCCAGGAAGUGGUGCGGUAUGAUCUCAAGGAAAAGUUUCCAGGGCUGGUAGACAGUAUAUGUGGAGAGGAGAGCAACAAGUUCACCAACACUCUCGGUGACUCUGUCAUCGUGCAGAUCCAGGACACCCCUGAGCUCACCAAACGGUUACUCUGUCAAGUACUAGAUGACAAUGAGACAGCAGCCUCAGUCCUUGCAGAUGUCAUUCACAGAGAGGUCGUUGCCAAGGAGAUAGGGGUCAUUGACGACCAGUUGGCUGUUGACCUUCAAGUUGAUGACCUUGGGGUCUGGAUUGACCCAAUUGACUCCACUGCCCAGUACAUACAAGGGGAUGUUGGGUGUGAGAUGGACGGACUGGUCAAGGAGGGGUUGCAGUGUGUGGCUGUCCUCAUAGGGGUCUACUUGAAGUCUAGUGGCCUGCCCAUCAUGGGAGUCAUCAACCAGCCCUUCUGUAGAGUGGUCAAUGACAGCUGGAUUGGCAGCACAACAUGGGGUGUGUGUUUUCGGGAUGUGCGGGUAAACUCCCUCACUAGUCAAACCCAACCGGACAGUACAUCAAGUAAUUCACAAUCCCCUGCCACAGAAGACCUGCCAAAGCCAACCAUUCUCAUAAGCUCGAGUGAAGAUCAGCACAUUCAGGAAGUAUUGUCAAAAAAAUUAAAUGUCCGUCACGUUACCGGAGCAGGCUACAAGCUUCUUGGCGUUUGCAUGGGCAGAGCUGUGGCAUAUCUCUUGACAAAGAACACUAAUUUCAAGUGGGAUUGCUGUGGACCGCAUGCUGUUUUGCUCUCCCUUGGAGGUGGCAUAGUGAAGUAUGAAGACUUCGAAGAUUGCGUUGCCUUUGGACAGACAAGUUUCCAGUCCAUUCCACAGAUUAAGUAUCAUAAGCCAGAUGAUAGCACGGCACGUGGUGCAAAGAAAUGGAUGAAUGUGGGAGGAAUCAUCGCUUAUUCUUCUGAAAAUGUCCUUACACAACUUGCAGAAGUCUUGCAAAAGUCAUAAGUUGAUGGUGUUUUAAAGCUUAAAGAUCUGUUGUGUUAUGUAUUAACCCGGUAUGUGUUAUCUUUUAAAUAUUUUCUCUACAGUUUAUUUAUAUUUUCUCUGUAUUUUUAUAAAUGUUCUGUAUAUUCUCUAAUGGUGCUUCAGUGUGUUUUACCUUACGUAAGGCAACUUUAGGUAGUUUAGCAACUCAGGUCUUUGGGACCUCUGUAUUGGCCUCUUCUUUGUUCUCACUGGUUCUAAUCUUAAUGUGUUACUGCCAGUUAUUUUCUUGUUAAAUUUACAUUCUUAAAGUACAAUUAAAUAUGUUUGCAAGUACUUUGAACAGUUAUGCAUGCAGCUCUUGAUAUGUUAAUAACAGCAUAAAUUUCAUCACAAAAUGUUGUGCAGUAAAUUGCCCUUUAGGUUUACUAUUGGUUUAAAUUAAAUUCCUAUUGAGCAAGCUCAGUGUCUGAUGAGGGUGAGCCAAAAAUAUACUGAUGCCAAAUAUUUAUUUUUUCAUGAGAGUUGGCUAUAUUUCAAAAUGUUUAGCCUGACAAUCUUGUUUAAAGAUAAACAUCAGACAGGACAUUUGACAUCCUUUACGUUUUUGUUAAAAUUUGUUGUGUUUUUUACAUAUUUGGUUAUUUUCCUAUCUUAAUGAAAAUGUACACCAAUCUUCAUAGGGUCUUGUACUAAAUGUAUGUAUGGUUAUGCUUUACGACACAAUAUGGUCACCAUAGUUGAAAUUAGAAAUAUGUCUAAACACCAUUUUUUCCUAACCCUAUGGUAAGUCUUUGUCAAUAUUAUUAAUCAAGUAGUCAUUAGGUGGUCCUUUGCCACAAUGAUUAAAAAAGUUCUGCUUUAUUGCACUAAAUAUUAAGCUUAAGCUGAAAAUUGAAUUUUCUUUCACGUUUUGAAUAUUUGACGUAUUUUGUUAUUUUUUUGGUAAUCUCAUGCAAAUUAACACAAAUGUUCUUAACUCUUAGUUAGAAGUCCUCUAUGAAAUGUAUGUAUGGCCCAUAAUGGGGUUAGUUAGAAGUCCUCUAUGAAAUGUAUGUAUGGCCCAAAAUGGGGUUAGUUUGAAGUCCUCUAUGAAAUGUAUGUAUGGCCCAUAAUGGGGUUAGUUAGAAGUCCUCUACGAAAUGUAUGUAUGGCCCAUAAUGGGGUUAGUUAGAAGUCCUCUACGAAAUGUAUGUAUGGCCCAUAAUGGGGUUAGUUAGAAGUCCUCUAUGAAAUGUAUGUAUGGCCCAUAAUGGGGUUAGUAAGAAGUCCUCUAUGAAAUGUAUGUAUGGCCCAUAAUGGGGUUAGUUAGAAGUCCUCUACGAAAUGUUUGUAUGGCCGAUAAUGGGGUUAGUUAGAAGUCCUCUACGAAAUGUUUGUAUGGCCCAUAAUGGGGUUAGUUAGAAGUCCUCUACGAAAUGUAUGUAUGGCCCAUAAUGGGGUUAGUUAGAAGUCCUCUACGAAAUGUAUGUAUGGCCCAUAAUGGGGUUAGUUAGAAGUCCUCUACGAAAUGUAUGUAUGGCCCAUAAUGGGGUUCGUUAGAAGUCCUCUACGAAAUGUAUGUAUGGCCCAUAAUGGGGUUAGUUAGAAGUCCUCUAUGAAAUGUAUGUAUGGCCCAUAAUGGGGUUAGUUAGAAGUCCUCUACGAAAUGUAUGUAUGGCCUAUAAUGGGGUUAGUUAAAAGUCCUCUACGAAAUGUUUGUAUGGCCCAUAAUGGGGUUAGUUAGAAGUCCUCUACGAAAUGUAUGUAUGGCCCAUAAUGGGGUUCAGCUUUACUGCACAAUAUAGUUGCCAUAGCUACAAACAGAAAUAUGCCAUUUUCUAUGAAUCUUAACAGUUUCCACUAAAUAUUUAUAAGCUGGUCCAUUGUCAAAAUUGUCAAAAUUUUUUCAAGAAGAUUUCACUACAUUGCACAAAAUACCAGCUUUAGGUACAAAUGGAAUGUAAUAAUAUAAUAAGAAUAACAAGAAUAAGACAAUAUUUUCUUCUAAUCUGAUGGCUAGAUAUUCACACACAUGGUAAUAAGGUGGUCCUCUAGCAAACUUUUUUGAUGCGAUCUACUGAACAAGAUGGUUACUUCAGCAUAUGAAAAUAUAUAUUCAUUUGACAUACUUGAAAACUUUCUCCAACCUGAACAUGUACCCUCAUUAAGAAUGAGGGUAGAUGUCCAGGUUGUUAAUUACAUUUAAAAAAAACAUAAAAUAUUUCUAUUUAAGGUUUAUGCAGUUUUUUCUUGUAUUAAUUUAACAUGAAACAGAAAUUGACAAAUACAUAAAACAUGUUAAAUUAUUAUUUAAUAUUUUUAAUAAUAAUAUAAUAUUGUUGUUUAAUUGUUUGUUAUAUUAACCCGCAAUAUCAUGUUUUUGUUUUUAUAUAGAGAUUUCAUUGUUAUAUUUUAUCCAGGUAUUGUAUGUCCAGUCGUAGUUGUAGUCAUUUAUUGUGAUAUAUUUGUCAAGUAUUCAGUGUCUAUUGUAGUCUAUUAUGGCAUUAGUUUUCAAUAUAUUUGCUAUUACUAGUCUCCCUGAAAGUUAUCCAGCCUUCAGACAAAUUAGAAAAAUUGCAUGAGGUCCAGGAAAAAAAUUCAGAACUGACCAGCUACCAAUUCGGGUCAUGUAUCAAUUGUAGUCGACUGACCAGAAAAUUGGAAUAUAGGCCAGUAAUAGCUGCAAAAUUACCAGACUGUGUUGCUUAUCAUGCUGUUGAUACUUUCGUGGUCAAUUGAUUACCCAUUAUUUGUUUCCUGUUGGUUUUUACCAGUGUGGUCCGUCUGUCCGUCCAUUCACAAGACUUCAAAUCUUGCACUUCAAGUAACUCAUCAAUUAUUGUUGAGACUAUGUUGAAACAUAAUAUACCUAUUAACAGUAACCUCAGGAUUGUGCACAAUGUUUUCAUUUUCUAUUUCCUGAGGUCAUUGUACAUGGUGAGGUUUAUGAAGAUUAUGAACAAUUGUAAAUUAGAUUUGUUGUUUUCCGUCUUUUUAUGACUUGUUUUUUAUUUCAUUUAUAUUCAGGUCACAAUUUAUAUAAGCUCUUGUAUUUUAUCGUUUCUUAUAUAAAGGCUUCAAUUGUAUUUAAUGGAACAUUUACAUAAAUAUUGAUUAACUUGAGUUUGGUAGUUAGGGGACAUAAUCAUGUAAUGGUAUCUACUUGAAAAUCAUAUCACAUGAGUACAUAUUUAUGUGUGCACAUUUAUUUAUUUAUUUUAAAACUUACUAUUUGUUCAUGUUAUUGACAACUCCAAAUUGAUUUAGCGUAUUCGUUCAAUUUUGUUGAAGUCUUGAUACUGAAACAGUGCAUAAUAAUUCUGUACUAUUCAAAUCUUCUCUUAUCUGUUAGUUUUUGCUUGUAUUGCGCUUUUUAUUUUACAAAAUAUUGUGCAAUAAAUUUAAAUGUUC